AUGCCGGCACAGAUGCCUUUGGAAGCAACGUCGCAGUUCGGUGACCUGCUCUAUCCGUACAUCUUCGAUAUGCUGAACUGUGCCACCGACCAACCGUUUGAUCGCUUGAGUUGCCGUGAAGAAGUGAAAGGUGCUAUAAUCACGACUGAUGGCAAACUUGCUCCCAACUAUGAGUACAUCGCUGAUCUUCGCAGAGCAAAAAAUGCCUCAUCUGCACACAAAUCGCGUGUGAUGGGGAGCGAUGAGAAGAAGGUUCUCCUUCUCGGGGCUGGGAUGGUCAGCGGUCCGUUCGCCGACUUCUAUUCUAAGCAGCCAAAGGUUCACGUAACAGUGGCUACUGAAUCGCGUGAGGACGGUCAUCGCCUGAUAAAAGGUGAUAACAUUACGUCACUUGUUGUUGACGUUAACAGAGAGCACGAUGUACUGGACCAACUUGUGAGUGAGCAUGAUCAAGUCGUUUCUCUGCUCCCGUAUGUUUUCCACCCAAUGGUAGCCAAGUUGUGCAUCAAAAACAAAACGAACAUGGUCACCAGCAGUUAUGUCACUCCUGAACUUCAAGCACUAGAUCAAGCAGCCAAGGAUGCCGGCGUAACAAUCAUGAAUGAGUCCGGCCUGGACCCUGGAAUUGAUCACAUGCUUGCUAUGGAGUGUUUUGAUGAGAUUAGAGAGCAUGGAGGGAAGAUCACUUCUUUCGUUUCCUUCUGUGGUGGUUUGCCAGCUCCUGAAGCGUCUGAUAACCCGCUUCGUUAUAAGUUCAGCUGGAGUCCAAAAGGUGUUCUGACAGCCCUCCUAAACCCAGCAAAAUACCGUCAAAACGGAAAGGUUGUGGAAAUUCCUAGCGGAAAGGUGGUUGAUCACUUGUAUCCGAUCGAUUUCAUGCCUGGAUUCAACCUAAUUGGGUACGGUAAUCGUGAUUCAACGCAAUAUGCCGACAUUUAUGGACUCGGCUCAGAUUGCAAAACACUUUUACGAGGAACUCUUCGUUACAAGGGCUUCGUUGAAACAGUAAAGGCGUUAGACGCUGUUGGUUUGCUUGAUACUCAACCAAAGGAUAUCUUCAAUCCCAUAGUAGGCCCUGAUUUGACAUGGAAGCAGCUUAUGGCGUCUCUUCUCAACCAGAAAGUUGACAUUUUCCCUGACUCUUUGCGUAAUAUAGCCGCUGAGCGUGUUGGUAGUUCCAACGCUAUAGGCAUGAGAGCUCUGCAGGAAUUGGGUUUGUUCAGCGACAUAGUUGCUGACAGACAUGGAAAUGCACUCGACACUCUGGCGCCAUAUCUCGCUAAGAUCUUAUCAUUCCAAGAAGGCGAACGUGAUCUCGUGAUUCUCAACCAUGACAUCGGAGUUCGGCUACAAAGUAUGUCCUAA